AUGUAUAAGUCAGCAAGAUUCCUAGUAUUCCUCAUACAUCUAGUAUUCCUCAUACAUCUAGUAUUCCUCAUACAUCUAGUAUUCCUCAUACAUCUAUGUUUCCUCACAGCGAGCGUGGCCAUCAAUAUCGUGGGUCACGGCAGCGUCAUCGGCUUCUCAGCAAUCCUCAUACCAAGUCUACGCCGACCAGAGUCCCACGUACAAGCUACACCCAGUCAAGAAUCAUGGAUAGCGGCGAUCAUAGGCUUCGCGUUGAUAGCGGGCAACUUCAUCAUUACUCCACUGAUGGACACUUUAGGCAGAAAGAAAUGCCACUUGAUGACUAUCCUGCCGGUUCUGACUGGCUGGUUCCUAUUGCUGUUGGUGAACAAUGUAGCUGGUAUCAUUACCGCGCGAUUUCUUCAAGGAGUAGCAAUGGGCAUGCUUGGACCUCUGGGGUCUAUCAUCAUCGGAGAAAUGACAGACCCCAAGAAUAGAGGAGCGUUUUUAACAAGCGUCUCCCUAUCACUCACGAUUGGAGUGCUAUCAACGCAUACCAUGGGAUCGUUCUUGAGUUGGCAACAGAAUGCCUUAGUAUGUUCCUUUAUAACCUUCACAAGUCUUCUUUUAAUUAUUUACAGUCCAGAAUCACCCGCGUGGUUGAUAGCUAAGGGCAGGAUUAAAGAAGGAGAGGAGAUAUUCUUCUGGAUAAGAGGAAGAGAUCCCGACCAAGAAGCAGAAUUUGAGAAGAUGGUUGAAGCGCAAACUAUGAAGAGGAAAUCUAGUGUAAUAGGCCAAGAAUUAUCCUUCAAGAUAAAGGUCAGACGGUUUUUCGCGUAUCUGAAGGAAACUUCAAAGAAACCGGAGUUCUAUAAGCCUAUUAUCAUAAUGUUUCUUCUCUAUACUAUGUUUCAAUUCGCUGGUAUCAAUGUUAUAAGUUCUUACGCGACGGAUAUCAUCCAUACAGUUGUUGGUCCGGACGCAGAUGCUAAGUUUUUGAUGGUCAUGUUGGAUGUUGAGCGACUUAUUUGUAAUAUUAUCGCUGUGUUCUUCAUGAAGACUUUAAAGCGUAGAACUUUAUUGUUCUGUAGCGGCGCGGUCUGUGUGUUGUCAUAUAUUGGGAAGAGCGCUUAUGUUUUCGCCAAGCAAUCAGACAUGUUGCCGUUCGAUAAUAAAUGGAUUCCUAUCACUUUGAUUGGAUUGUACAUGUGUUCUUUGACUGUUGGUAUAUCGUCUAUACCGUUUGCGGUGUCUGGAGAGAUAUUCCCAUUGGAAUACAGAGGAUUGGGCGGAGGAAUUAGUGUUUUAGCUCUGUCAUUAAACUUCUUUGUAUCGGUUAAAUCUUUCCCAGUUUUAGCCAACGCGAUAGGACUACCUAUAACGUAUUUGAUGUACGCCGGUGUAGUAGUGUUAUGUUUAAUAGUAAUUUACUUUAUGAUGCCAGAAACUAAAGAUAGAACUCUUCAAGAGAUUGAAGAUAGCUUCAAAGGUUACUCUCCAGCCGACCAGAAAAGUGCUGAACCAUUGAAUGGACCAACCAAUGGAGAAAUGAGACGAUGCAGUUCUCACAUACUGUAUUAA